AUGGAGCUCCUGAGCCUGGUAUUGGGAAUGUGCGGAGAUGCCACGGACACCGAGGCACGGGCGCUGGCACGGCAGAGGGGCCGAGCAGACCGCAAGCUGUUCGAGCGCAUUGUCCGCCACAACCACUAUGAGGUGGAGGCGGCGCCACGGGAUGGUGAAUCACAAGAGGACUUCCCAGAAUGCGGCUUGUGGCCACUGGCGGCAGUGGUGAACCAUUCCCUGCAUCCGAAUGUCACCCGAAGUUUUCUGGGCCACCAAGUCUUUCUGCGGCUUGUGCGUGAUGUGGCUGCCGGGGAGGAGCUGGUGGACAACUAUCUCGACCCACGGUUGCCCCAUGAAGAGCGAGUCGCCUUCCUGGGCUCCGUGCAUGGAGUCGACGACGAGGGCCCGGACGAGUUCGACGCGGACGAGGAGCAGUUCGCCUCCAUCCAGGAGCGGCUCCAUGCAGCGAAAUGUAGCGUCGAGGCCGAAGUCUUUCCCGAGGCAGAGAGGGCCCUUGAGUCGGCGACGCAGCUUUGCAGGACUAGCGGCGUUCUUGACCCUGCCUUUACGGACGUCUUCUGGGCUUUGGCAGACUUGGCCGCUCGCAGUGGUAACGCCAUGACACGGCAAGAUCGGCUGAAUGAUGCCCUUCGCUAUGCCACUGCCAGGGAGCCUCACAGCACCGUGUCCUGUCAGUUGGCUGUGUGCCGAGCUCACGCCAUGGCGGAAGCAAGGUCCCAGGGGAGUGCCACUGUGCAGGAGCUGCGGCAGGCCGAGUCGGCCGCCCGGCGCCACUUCAGGGGCGUCUAUGGCCCGGACGCCGGGAUCUUCGAGCAUCUCAAUCCAGAGCUGGUCGACUCUCUGAGGAGCCUGCUGCCGCCAGCUGCGCCAGAUCGGGGCCCAGGCGUGAAGCACCAGAUCUAUGAGCGGAUCGCACGCAGGCAUUGCAUGGGACUGCACUGGGUGCUCACGUCGGAGAACUGCCAGGAGAUCUCGCCAGACCUUUACAUGUCCGUGAAGGUUUUUGCGGCGUUCUCUAUCGCCUUCAACGUGUUUGUUUACCUGAACACCGCAGGGCCCUCACGAAAGUCCAACCUCAGAGUGGAGUUUCCGGCUGGUGGUGCUAAGCUCCGGCUAACUGCAGCCUGCUAA